AGCAAGUCGCGCCCGCGAUUCAGGCGGGCAGCUUGAGCGGCUGAGGCGGGGAGGUUGGAAUCGGGAGACGUGAGUUCUGCGGAAGAAACGGACUGCGGCGGACUCGCGAGCCCGACCGCGUCUUUCCGGCUGCAGUGAUGGCUCAAGAAGCAAUGGAAUAUGAUGUUCAGAUGCAGUUAGAUCAUAAUGCUCUAGGACAACUUGCUCCAGCUGAACUUGUCAGCAGCCUACAGGGACCACCCUUACUUCAGCCUGCUCCUGCUGAAGGGGUCAGCAGCCAAGAGGGACCACAUCUGCUGCAGCCUGCUCCUGCUGAAGUGGUCAGCAGCCAAGAGGGACCACGUCUACUGCAGCCUGCUCCUGCUGAAGUGGUCAGCAGCCAAGGGGAACCACACCUGCUGCAGCCUGCUCCACAGGUGUCCAUUGACCUGACAGAGGAAGUGGGAGAAGAGAAUGUGGAGAACAUCAAUCCAGGAACUUCAGAGGAGCAUAGGCAGGAAUCUGAUGCUAACCCCACCAUCCGAGUGGCUUCAUUGCACUCAGUGAGCAGCUUCAUUAAUGGGCUACAGAGACUUCAUGGCAUGCUAGAAUUCCUGAGACCCCCUUCAGACUACAAUGUGGGGCCAGUAAGAGCCAGAAGGAGGAGAGGGACUGCUUCACGCAGAGCGAGAACCGGAGGGUCUCAGAGGACGGACAGUGCCAGGUCCAGAGCACCACCAUUGGAUGCUUACUUUCAAGUGAGCAGGAGCCAACCUUCUUUGCCAACUACUUCUCAUGAUUCAGGGGCUAGCAAUCCUGUAUCUGAAGACUUGCAGGUACCAAGUAGUUCUGAUUCUGACAAUGAAAGUUCCAUAGAGUAUGAAGAGGUGGUUGUGCAGGCAGAACCUGAAGCUGCCAUUUUGGAAGAACAACCAGGAGGUGAUUCAGCAGAGCAAGAAGUUAUAUGUAGUGGUGGAAGAGACACAUUCCCCAAGCAGCAGUCUCCCCAGAAGUCCAGUUCGCUGCUGCCUUCAGCUUCUACAGAUGAGGAAGAAGAAGGGGACACUUGCACAAUAUGUUUAGAACAGUGGACUAAUGCUGGGGAUCACCGGCUUUCUGCUUUACGCUGUGGGCACCUCUUUGGGUUUAGGUGCAUUUCUAAAUGGCUCAAAGGACCGACACGAAAAUGUCCCCAGUGCAACAAGAAAGCCAAGCACAGUGACAUUGUUGUCCUUUAUGCCCGAACCCUGAGAGCUUUGGACACUAGUGAACACGAGCGCAUGAAAAGUACCUUACUACAGGAGCAGAUGUUAAGGAAGCAGGCAGAGUUAGAAACAGCACAGUGCCGGCUCCGACUUCAAGUCCUCACUGAGGAAUGCACUAAGCUUCAUAAUCGUGUCAAGGACUUGCAAAAACUUAUUCUGCAACAUCGGGAUCAGAUCUUACUGAACUCCCAAGGACAAUUCCUAAGCGGCUCCCCCUCCAAACUGCCCGAGCACAAGUACUAUUUCCAGAAGACCUUCACAGUGUCUGAGAGUGGAAACUGCCGCAUUAUGACCUACUGUGAUGCUCUGAACUGCCUGGUGGUGUCACAACCUUCUCCUCAAGCUACCUUUGUUCCAGGCUUUGGUGUUAAGAUGUUCAGUACUGCCAACAUGAAAAGCAAUCAGUACAUUCCCAUGCAUAGCAAACAGAUCCGAGGACUGGCUUUUGGCAAUCAGUCCAAAGGCUUACUUCUCUCUGCUUCCCUAGAUAACACUGUUAAACUGACCAGCCUGGAGACAAAUACGGUGGUCCAGACUUACAAUGCUGGACGUGCUGUCUGGAGCUGCUGCUGGUGUCUUGAUGAAAACAAUUACAUCUACGCUGGACUGGUCAAUGGUUCAGUUCUGGUAUAUGACCUUCGAAACACGAGUUGUUAUGUCCAGGAAUUAGUACCUCAAAAAGCCAGAUGCCCACUGGUGUCCCUGUCAUACAUACCCAGAGCUGCCUCGGCUGUAUUUCCAUAUGGUGGAGUGUUGGCUGGAACCUUGGAGAAUGCUACCUUCUGGGAGCGAAAAACGGGCUCUUCUCAUCAGCCUCACGUGCUGCCCAUAGAGCCAGGGGGCUGCAUAGACUUUCAGACAGAAAGCAGCACCCGACACUGUCUUGUGACCUACAGGCCUGAUAAAAAUCACAACACCUUACGAAGUGUUCUGAUGGAGAUGUCCUACAAGCUGGACGACGCUGGAGAGCCAGUCUGCUCCUGCUAUCCUGUACAGACAUUUCUUGGGGGGCGCACUUGCAAACUACUGACCAAAAAUGCUCUUUUCCAAAACCCAGAGAAGAGUGGCAGCAUCCUGGUGUGUAUUGGGGAUGAAGCAUCAUAUUCUGCCCUGGUAUGGGAUGCUAGCAGCGGCUCCUUGCUGCAGGGUCUGCCGACUGAUCAGCCUGUCUUGGACAUCUGUCCAUUUGAGGUGAACCAUAGCAGCCACGUGGCUACCUUAACAGAGAAGAUGGUUCAGAUCUAUAAGUGGGAGUGACCAUGGUCUUGAAACUUACAUUGCAUUGCCACUGGUUAAUGUUCAAUGUUGUUUGCUAGCAUCUAACAGCCUUGAGCAAGAUCCCUCCUUAUUGUCUGGCCUAGAACUUUUGGGAACAUGAUUCCUUUGGUUUAGUAUGAUUGUAAGACUCCAGGUUACUAAAACUACAGAUUGUGUAUUAUGUCCAUCAAAAGAGUAAGUGACUGUUAUUGUCUACAUUGUCCAUUUCUUGGGUUAAAAGCCUUCAUGAGUCUUUGUGGAGAAUCGAUACUUUCAUUCAGACUGUUUGCUGGACCGCAGAGAGUAUCUUCCCAGCAGUCAUUUAGGAUAUGAUUGUGCACCAACCAUGUUCUAGGCCCUGUUUGAGUGGUCUUGUCACAUGGGCUAUUUGGUUUGGGAAUGCUUAUGUCCCUAAAGGGACUAACCAUUUGAUGCUGCUUGGAUGCAAGUGGAUGCAGAAUUUUUCAGUUGAACACAAGCGGGCAUUAUAGAACCUUGUGUAGGAUUUUAUCUAUUUCUGACCUUGUGGGCUGACAUUUUAGUAACUCAGUCUCAUCCCCAUAGAAGCGUGUGGUAGAGCACAUCUGGUCUAUUUUGUGGCAGCCACGGUUAUGUUCCAGUUGUGCAGUUGCUAGAAUAUGAGCAAGCUCUAUGAUGGAGGCAGCUGUAAUGAGCUAUUGACAACUUUCCUAAUGCUGAAGGCAUUCAGCUCAUUGCAUUGUGAGAGCCAAGGAAAGAGGCCAGUUGUUUGAGCAGUGGGGAAGACAUUUUUGUAGCCAGCCUAAGAUCUCAGGGAUAGUUUUAUACAAACCAGUGCUUUGAAGACCAUUCCUUUUCCCUCUCAUUAGGAAAAGAUGAGCAAGCAAUAUGUUAAAGCUCUUGAAUCUCUUAGUAUCAUAUUAGGAGUAAUGGGCUAACUUUGCAAAAGAGACUUACAAAAGAGAAGCUGCUCAGACUGCUGCUGAAAAUAGGAGAAGGGCCUUUCACUUUCAGUUCUGAAAGUUCCCAUCUGAAUAAAGCCACCCCUUCGGAGUGAGAGGCUGUUCUUGAGCAUGUUUAGAAUUCCCAUGUAAAGCCUUCCCCAUGUGAAAAUGAUGUCUGAUUCCAAGUUUCAUUCAUAUACAUAUAUAUAUCAUAUAUAUAUAUAGAAAACACAUUUUUAUUGAUUUUUAGAGAGAGAGAGGAAAGGAGAGGGAGAGAGAGAGAAACAUCUAUGUAAAAGUGAAACAUUGAUCAGCUGCCUCCCGCAGGCCCCCCUUCUGGGGAUUGAGCCACACCCUGGCUAUGUGUCAUGACCAGCAGUGGAACCUGCAAUUCUUCUGUGCACAGGAUGAAACCCAACCAACUGAGCUACACUGGCCAGGGCCCAAGUUUCUUUGAUUUGCCUCUCUUCCUAAACUUUGCUAAGUGUUGGGGGAAAUGGUUAUUCAUUUUAACUCUGGAAUGUCCACAUUUGAGUCCUGUACUUUUCUCCAGUAGAGGGCUCAGGAGUGUGAUUUUUCUUAAAAUAAUUGUAGGAACGUUAUUAUUUUUAUUUCAAAAUAGUUCUGACCUGUCAUCUCCUGAGCCAUUUCCAGCAUUUCUCACCAGGAAGGGGUUAUUGCAGAUUUCCCCAGAGUUCCAAAUUCUACUUGUGCCUUUUAAAAAUGGCGUCCUCCUAUUUAUUUAAAAAAAAAAAAAAGCCAGUUUCCAGGGUCUGGGAAAGACCCCCCCCCCUUUCCUCAGAGGAUAUACUCCUUUUGAUAUGUUGAUGAUUUGAUUGCCCAGGCCUAAAGCUUCAGUGGCAGAAUGGGAUUUGAAUUAAAAAGCAGAGCACAUCUGGUUUCAGUAGACUGUCACAGAGAGGGAUGCAGGUGGUCAGACCCUGUCUGCCUUUUGUCUUAGACAGCAUUAGUAUUUGAAGUACACUCAAGGGAUGCCGAUUGAUUGGCCUAAGCAUAGGAACCAAGGGACUCAUUACUAGGGAGGUUGGGUGAAUCUCAACUCUUGCCAGUCCUUGGGUUCCUUCAGUAAAUUUGUAUGUUUUAGAAACAAAUUCAUGUGACUGGUUUCUCCAAAGGGAAAAACCUCACCUUUAGCCUCCCUGCCCCCCUGCACCUGGCAGGAGAUUGCAUUUGUUGAUCCAGGCUCUGGUGUCCUGUAUAGCGCCAGGCCCUGCCAUGUUUCUUCAUUCCUGUCUCCCAGGUUGUUUUCCCAUUUGAGGAUUUGGAGUUAAGCAAACUCAAAACAUCUUGUUUUAUAUAUCCUUGUACCUGCUUUGAAAACAGAGCAAUGUUUGUGUUUUAUAUUUUAUUGUUAAUUUGAAAAUAAAGAAUUUGCUGUGUGUAACAG